CAGAACUCAACGACCAAAAUAGAGGCUUUGAACACAAAAACUAACUCCAAUCGUUCUUUGACAGAAGGAACACGGUGGAGGGAGAGAGAGUACAACACUAUAUGGAAUCAUGCAUCAAUAGAGAGAGAGAGAGAGAGAGAAAGUGUGAGCUUUUGUUUGUGUGUGAGAAAGAGAGAAAGUGGAGUCUUUUGACUGAGCAUAGCCGGCAAAAGCCGUCUAAGGUUGUUGUUGUCUGGUUGAUGAUAAUGUUCUUUUUAAUGUCUGAAUACGCGUUGAAUUUUCAGACAUACCCAUCACCACAAUUUUUUUCUUCUCUUUCUAGUUAAGCUUCUGAUCCGUUUUCACCCUUAAUCCCAAUUCAAAGGUCCACCGAGUCUUUUUUACUUUUUAAUUGAUUCCAUGGUUUAUAAAUUAUAAUAGUCCCCGAGUGUUAUCAUCUUCAUCCAUCUCAGACUUGUAUAUUAUUGCUUGAAUUUCCUCUCCUUUAUUGAGCAAUGAUUCCUUUAUGACAGUUAGCAUUGUUUGUUGGAGGGUUAGGAAUUGUGGGUUUGAUUCAAGUUUACUGCUUUAGAAUCGGGUGUUUGGAAUCUUCCUGUAUUGGAUUCUUGGUCUCUGCUUUUGAAUUGGGUAUGUGUGUGUGACAAAAAGUUUUCAUCUUUGCUUUUGAAUAGAAAUAAAAGGAAGGUAUUGUGUAGUGGGUGGCUUUUUUAGUUUUUAUGAGUUCUGGUGGAGUUGUUAGAAGAAGAUGUGUUGAUGGUGAAUGGUGAUCCUACUUUUUGAAGAUAAUAUAUAGUUGUAUAGUUGAUGUGAUAUCUUUCUUCUUCAACAUGGGUUGCUUUUAUUCUAAGAGUUCAGCUGUGAAGGACAGCAAAGAAGGUGUCACAAAGAAAUUUCAAUCAUAUAGCACAAGGCCUUCGGAGUUGAAUGUUUUGCGGUUGAAUUCGACAAGGAAGAUUGAGGAGGGUAGGGUGAAAGAUGCGUUAAUAGAUGGUGGUCAUGUGAAAAGUUCAUUGAUUGACAAGAAGGCCAAUGGUUCAGGGCAGUUGUAUUUUGAUCAUGGUGGGAACAAGAAAAUAGAGAAGCCUGAAUUAGCUGUUGUGGACCAUAUUGGCCCUGGAAGGGUUCCAAAGGCUAUAGAAGGAGAGCAAGUUGCAGCAGGAUGGCCGGCAUGGCUUUCUUCUGUUGCCGGUGAAGCUAUCAAGGGAUGGAUUCCGCGGAGUGCGAAUACUUUUGAGAAGUUGCAUAAAAUUGGGCAAGGAACUUAUAGUACUGUUUAUAAGGCACGGGAUGUGAUUAACCAAAAGUUUGUUGCAUUGAAGAAAGUACGCUUUGACAAUCUUGAUCCUGAGAGUGUCAAGUUUAUGGCAAGGGAAAUCCAUGUUCUGCGUAGGUUUGACCAUCCAAACAUAAUAAAAUUGGAGGGCUUGAUAACAUCACAGAUGUCUCGCAGCUUGUACCUUGUUUUUGAGUAUAUGGAGCAUGAUCUUACAGGACUUGCAUCAAAUCCUGAUAUCAAGUUCUCUGAACCACAGCUGAAAUGCUACAUGCAGCAACUUCUUAGUGGAUUGGAUCAUUGUCAUAGUCACGGUGUCCUCCACCGUGACAUAAAGGGCUCAAAUCUUCUCAUUGAUAAUAAUGGACUCUUAAAGAUUGCCGAUUUUGGUUUGGCGAAUUUUUUUGACCCCCACCAGAGUGUUCCGUUGACAAGCCGAGUAGUAACUCUAUGGUAUAGACCACCAGAACUUUUACUCGGAGCAAAUCAUUAUGGGGUUGCAGUGGAUUUGUGGAGCACUGGUUGCAUACUGGGUGAAUUGUAUACUGGAAGGCCCAUUUUGCCAGGAAAAACAGAGGUUGAGCAGUUGCAUCGGAUUUUUAAACUUUGCGGCUCACCAUCUGAUGACUAUUGGCUUAAAUUGCGCUUGUCACAUUCAACAGUAUUCAGGCCCCCACACCAUUAUAGGCGAUGUAUUUCAGAUACAUUUAAGGACUACCCAUCUACUGCAGUAAAGCUCAUAGAGACCCUUCUUUCUGUAGAGCCAGCACAUCGAGGGACUGCAGCAGCUGCUCUGAAAAGUGAGUUCUUUACAUCAGAGCCUCUGCCUUGUGAUCCAUCAACUUUACCAAAAUAUCCUCCCAGCAAGGAGAUUGAUGCUAAAUUACGGGAUGAAGCAAGAAGGCAAGGAGCUGUUGGAGGUAGGGAGCAAAAAGUUGCCUCAGGAGUUAGACAAGAUAGAGGACACAGGGCCAAUGUCACAGCAAAAGACAAUGCUGACCCAGGCUUAUCAGUAAAGCAAGGACGUUAUACCAGCUCAAAGAACCGAAGUGAAUUAUCCAACCCUCAUAGGGGAUCGGUGUCUGGGAUUCUGGUUUUCCCUCACAAACAGUCAGAAGAUAGUAAAGAAAUGGAAAAUAAUUUAUCUGGGCAUAUUUAUAAGAGGCCUUCACAUUCUGGCCCAUUGGUUCCCGGUUCUGUCUGGGCAAAAGGUGGAAAGGAAGUUGAUGACAUGCCUCCUGUUUCUAACAAAGGGAACCUAUCAAAACUAUCUGGGCUAGUGGCAUCUAGGACAUUGUUGUCUGAAGAUCAGGAGGAUAAAACAGUUCACUUGCACCACAGAAAACCAAUAGAAGUAAGAAAAUCAGUGGAGUCAACUAAUGGAUCUGAGUCAAGAAGGCGGCAGGAUCAGAAACGGAUUGUUGAUUACAAUCAAAUUGAAAGUAGAAGGAUCCCGACGGAAAAAUCAACUCCGGGCGGGCGCGAGUCCAUGGGAAACAAGAUAUACCUCUCAGGUCCAUUAAUGGUUUCGUCAAGCAACAUGGAUCAGAUGCUCAAAGAGCAUGAGAGAAAGAUCCAAGAGCUUUCAAGACGAGCGAGAAUUGACAAGUCAAGAGCAAGAGGUGAGAAAGUUCGAGCACGGCGGAAGUAGUCAAAUUACAUAACUAUUUCUUAUUGUUCAUCUUAUAUUUUUAUGACAGCAUCUAUUUGUCUCAAGCCUUAGGAGAGAAAAAAAUGGGGAGAGGAAGAGAGUGUAUUCAAUCUUAAUGUAGCAUAUAUCAUGUAAAUUGCAGGCUUUAUAAGAAGUUGAGCUUUCUUCAACUCUUCAUGUUUCACCCUUAUUAUAUAAAAUAUAAGCAAUUCAAUUUAUUAUGUUCUUUCCA